AUGGGAGUCCCAGAAUUCACGCCGGGCGAAAAUGGCGAGAGCCAAGUCGAUGUUCGACAGAGCUCCGACCCCGAACUCCCUCCGCUCACGACGACUACCGAGCGCAAGUUGAUGGCCAAAAUCGACUGGCACAUCUUGCCCUGUCUGUGUGUGCUGUAUCUGCUGGCCUUUUUGGAUCGAGUGAAUAUCAGCAAUGCCGCCAUCUUGGGACUCAAGGAUGAUUUGGACAUCGCCACGGGCACAAAAUACAACACCGCGUUGACGAUCUUCUUCGUCCCGUAUAUCAUUUUUGAGAUCCCCUCGAAUGUGCUGCUCAAGAAACUGAAGCCCCAUGUCUGGUUGUCUUUUUGUAUGUUCAUGUUCGGCGUGGUGAUGAUCUGCCAGGGUCUCGUAUCGAACUGGGGUGGCCUUAUGACCACGCGGUUUUUCCUGGGAGUGUUUGAGACGGGCAUGUUCCCUGGGUGUUUUUAUCUGAUGGGCAUGUGGUACAAGCGGUCCGAGGCCCAGAAGCGCUUCAGCUUCUUCUUCAGCUCGACCACUCUGGCGGGCGCCUUCGGUGGUGUGUUGGCCAGUGGAAUUGGAAAGAUGCAGGGUAUGCGCGGAUAUGGUGGCUGGCGCUGGGUGUUCAUCCUCGAGGGUGUGCUUACCGCUGUUGUCGCGCUUGUCUGGUUCUUCGUCAUCCCCGAUUUCCCGGAGGAUGUCAAAUGGAUGAACGAGGAAGAGCGCGAGUUUAUCCGGGCGAAGCUGGCCAAGGAUGUGGGCAAAGCGGCUCAGCAUACUCGGCUGGGCCCGCGCGAAGUCCUGGGUGUUUUCAAAGACUACAAGGUCCUCAUUGCUGGCGUUGCGUAUUUCGGGCUUAUUGUGCCGGCUUAUGGAUACGCGUACUUUGCGCCCACAAUCAUCCAGAGCUAUGGAUAUGACCCCAUCAAAACCCAACUCUACUCCAUUCCACCCUGGGCGGCUGCUUGGGGUUUCUCAAUGGUUAUAGCGUUUUUCUCGGAUCGGCUGCGACAUCGGUUUGCCUUCACUUUGAUCCCCAUGGCUGUCGCCAUCGCCGGAUUCGCCAUGCUCCUGAAUAUCCACGGCAAGGAAAACCGCAACCCACAAUACGGCGCACUCUUCCUGCUCACGUCUGGCUGUUACAGCGCAAUGCCAGUGAUUGUGUGCUGGUUCGCCAUGAACCUCGGUGGCCACCUCCGGCGUAGCGUGGGAACUGCAUGGCAGGUCGGAUUCGGUAACAUCGGAGGCAUCAUUUCCACCUACUCUUUCUUGGAGAAAGACGCAAAGGUCUUUUAUCGCCCGGGUUUCAUCAUCUGCUUGUCUUUUAUUUGCCUGUCUGCGGUGGCUUGCAUCGCCUACUUCUUCGCUGUGUGGUACGAGAACCGGAAGCGCGAUCGAGCUGCGGUUGACCCUAACGCCAUUUCCGAGGAAGAAGAGGAAUACUUGGGUGACCUUGCACCUACUUACCGCUACCAAUACUGA